AAGUUUAGAUGAUUGCUUGGAUUCAUUACGAUAAGGGCAGCUACAUCAUGAUUGGAGGAAGGGAUAUGAUUGACGCGUCACAUGACCAAAGCGGUGGCGCAUUCAUAUCUCACACGAGUGUAGGUAAUGUUUUGCAAGUAAAUACGAAAAAUCUCAUCUCGAAACAUCGUCAAAUGCUUUUAGUGAUAUUUCAAAUCCCAGUACUAUGAGGACUGGAUUUCAAGUUCGCGCAAUCUUGAAAUCUAGUCCAGUCCGAAUAGACAAUCGAUUCCCCUUACUACGUUUUCGUAGCGCUUUGCAUUGUGGUUAUGUGGUAUCACUCGCAUUCAAGAUGGCUUAUCUUUUGUCCUGACCCGUGCAAGAACGUUUAAAAAAAAGCUAGGGUCAGGUGCGUGAUAGCCAACAGCAAAAUAUUCGCGAAAACAUUCAAUAUUUUCAUUCGAGGCCGCUAUCUUUAUCAGUCAUACCACUCUAACCACAAUGCAAAGCGCUACGAAAACGUAAUAAGGGGAAUCGUGUAUUGGAUGAUUUAAAAUGACAUCUUAUAUACGAAUAAAUCACUACUCAAAGUCAGGUGAAUUAAUUUUGAUCGAUCCAAUUCAAGGACUGGGGAAUUAAUUUUGAUCGAUCCAAUCCAAGGACUGAAUUAAUUUUGAUCCUAGGACUGGAUCAAUAUACUUCACCACGUAUCCAGUAUUAUCAUGUAAGCAAAAUAAUCUAUGGUUGGCUAAUUUACUCAUGAAUUAUUAACGAGUUUGAGAUAUCUAAACCGAGAGUUAAUCGAGCUUUAACGCCCAAUUCCACUCAGGAAAAUUUUCUACAGAAAGAAAAUUUUGCAAAAUGUGAUUGGUCGACACAAAUUUUCCGUUGGAAAAAAUUUUGAAGUUGAAAAUUUUCAUCUUUUAACAAUGAUAUUUUCGAAAAAAAUUCUGUCCGUGGAAAUUAUUCUUGAGUGGAAUGCGACUGUGCUUUAAGCAACAGGCUCCUGAAGACAACAAGCACAUCAGGCAUUAAAAUAGCGUGUCCUUCUACACACUUUGUGUCCUUGUAAAAGGCGAAUGUGCCCUUGUAAAUUGAAAAGUGUGUACUUGAAAAUAUAUUAAACUGAAAAUAUAUUAAUGUAAUCCCCGCAAAAUGGCCAAAGAUUUUGCAAAUUCUGUUCUCAGAACUCUGGAAAUGCCAUUUCAGAGACCCCCUUAAAAGUUCGCGUCUUUGACGCUAAACUUGUGGCUUCGGCACUCGUUCUCGUGAGUCGGCGCAUUUAUACAAAAAGUACGCCUCUGGAGGCAAAGUGUGUCCUUGUAAAAAUUCCGUAUUUUAAUGCCUGAAGCACAUCUUCUAUCCCAAACCUCCUUGGAAGGCCAAAUUGCUUGUGUUCACGUCACAAACAGUUUACCGACAAGAGUGUUGACAGAAGCCAUCCAUGGUGACUCUCUUCCACAGUAUCCUGUGCUCCGGCUCAAUACCUAAACACCGGUUGGUGGUUAAUUAAUCAAUCCAAAGUAGCUUAUAAUAUCUCAUAUUUCCCUUGUUUCUCAUUUAGUCAACAGCUGCGACGUGUGAACUCAUUUACAUGUACACCCAGGACACGGAAAGUUUAAAGUAAUGUGAAAGUACUUCAUUUUCAUUAAAGACUAAAGGUUAAACAGUUUCAUUAAAGACUAAAGGUUAAAAACGAUGGAAGACGACGACAAAUGGUUGUUAGCGAUCGAUUUAUUUGAUGAACCCAAGGUAAACCCGCUUGAUGUCUUGCCAGAAUGUAGCUAGAUAAACACCAAUCCUAAUAUUUAUUUGUCUUAUCCAAAACCUAAAUUCUCUACGAAGCCAAAGGUCGCGUACAGAACUUUGCUGAUAAAUGUUCGUUCCUUAAUUCUCAGCAGUUUACGAGUUUUUAACAUUUCUCAGCGUCACUAUAUACACGGGAAGGACAAAGCUAACUAGCAACAUUCCACAUAAAAUAUGCAAGGUAUUUCGGCUUGACGUAGGAUGGAAGUUCAAACUAGUAUUAUACAAUUCCGCUUUGAUAUACUGGAGCAUUGAUAUCUUGGCAUCGCAGUUAAUCGAGCUUUAUGAGGAUUUGGAUGCCAAAAAUAGACCCUUUGAAUCCAUAGCUUCGCUUUGUCUUUGCACAUUCUUGCUAACACAUAUGCGGCGCAAAAUAUGCGCAUUAUUUGAUCAUUAUUAACCUUUUCACAAAUUGUACGAACCUAGAUAGAUUGUACAGUACACACAAAGAGUUGUAUAAACGGUGGUUUGGUGUGAAUGAUUUAAAAAUUACUAAAAAGAUUAAAACUGUUCCCAGGGUAAUUAAGAUCGUGACCCUUGCCCCACAACAAGUGCGUUAAUCAAAUUUUGGCCACCUAAUAAGAUUAUAUUUACAUUAUAAAUGAUUAAACUUCAAUAUCUUCAAUGCAACAAAAUUGCUGCAACUUGCAACAAAAUCUGAUCUCUAUACGCAUGUUAAUUGAAAAUGUUUACACAUAAAUUACAAAUCACGAGGCAACAUAUGUCAACAUUUCUACUUAACAUGCGUUGAGAUCAGAUUUUAUUGCAAGUUGCAGCAAUUUUGUCGCUCGUAUUACUCCAGCUUUAAGAUAUAGUAAUAAAUUCUCUUGGAAAAGAACGGUUUCAUUUGCAAUGGUAGUGAAUGGUUUUGAACGCGAUAUUUAUUCUAAUAGGCUGAAGCAUCUUCUGUGGAAAAACAAGUUCCCUGCAAGUUUUCCGUCUUCGGUUGCCAGUUUAAGGUAAACUACGGCCAAACUCUCUGCGACAUUGGUUUACUAGCUAGUCCAAUACUCUUCCAACUGAGCUCGGAUUUCGGAACUCAGUCUAGUUCCUUCGAUAUCAUUAUACAUUCAUGAUCAUAGGACAUACUGCAAGGUAUCGAAGGAACUAUAAAUGCCUGUAUUCUAAAAGCUCACUCACACAGUCACACUCAAAGAGUGGAGGUUCAAUCUGAGCUUCCCUUGAGUGUCAUUGUGUCAAUGCUGUUUUUGAAUAGCUGGAGGGUGAGUAGUCACAUGAUAGUAAGGUACGAUACUAACUCUCCAGCUAUUCAAAAACAGCAUUGACACUCAAGGGAAGCUCAGAUUGAACCUCCACUCAUUGAGUGUGAGUGAGCUUUUAGAAUACAGGGGUAAGACUGAGUUCCAAAAUAUUUCUUACUCGAAUCGACUUGACCUCGUAGCUCAGUUGAAGAGAAAGGGACUUGCAAACCGAAGGUCGUGGGUUCGAUUCCCACCGCGGUCAAGCAAAACUUUCAGUUUUCCCAGUGUGGAUCAUCUCAAAACAACUCUCAACUAUAUUUGUCUUCAAACUAUCCAGGGCGUGAAAGGAACACGCGAGAUGAGAGAACACAUGAGAAGCAAGUCACCGCAACACAUAACACUGUUGCACCAGGUUGUUAAACUUCAAGAUAUCAAGAUCAAACAACAACAUGAAACAAUCGCGAAACACGAGCGUUAUGUCAAACACGUCAGCCAGGUUAUCAAAGAAUACAAAGAACAAUUUGACGAACAAAGAAAACAGGUGAACAGCCAGAAAACGAUGUUGAAAGACAUUCAACAUGAUCUCACUAAACUACGCGUAACUUCACGUAAACAAAACAAAAAUCUCUCCGAAACAAUCGAAGAACUGAGUGAAAAAUUUGAUCAAUUCUUGUUGGACUACUCCAUUUCCAAAGCUGACGCUGACCUCAAAGUUAGCGCACGCUAUGGUGAACAUUUAUGGAUCAUAAGGAACUACUCGCGACGUCUAAGACGUAUUAAGCUAGGCAAGUCAGAUGAUCCAAUCAGAAGUGAUCCAUUCUAUACUGCCUCGCCCGGCUAUAGAUUAUGUAUAUGGGUCUAUUUGAACGGCCGGGGAAAGAGCCUCGGAAGUGCAAUAUCUGUAUACGGGAAAGUGAUGGCCGGAGAUUUUGACCCCAUCAUGUCAUGGCCCAUAAGGCCACAGUUCACAUUUACACUUUAUGAACAAAAUCGCGCCGCGUCGGACCGAAAGGACAUCGUAAGACGUCGCAGAGUUCACGAAAUCAAACGAGAUCAUGACGAGAAGAACAGUAUUACCCGAGUCAAUGGCGGCAUUCCCCGACCACUCGGCGAUGAUAGAUCGAUUAUUGUCGGAUUUGAUAACUUUGUCACACACGAGGAACUGCAUACGUGUGGAUUUUUGAAAAGUGAUAACAUUUUCCUGAAAGUUGAAGUUGAAAUUAAUGUUUAAAGAUUUUGUAUCUGAUUAUCUGAAUAAAUUGG